CAUCCCACACCAUCACAUACACCUAUUCACACUCACUCAAGUGUGAGAGUAGACUGGGAACAUUGAAAAAUCUCAGCAAUAAACCCUGAGAAAUACACCAAGGUAUGCAACACAAUGCUAGCUGAAUCACGUUCAGUCAUAUUGUGCAUAGUACUAGAAAUAAAUGUUGCAAAUGCACCAGACAUAGUGGUAGACUCUUUGUAUGUCUGCAAUCGUCUGUGACAUAAACAAGCUAGAUUGUCUUCCUCCAAGAAUAGUGCAGUGAAACAUGGAUGUGAAAACGGGACACUGCUGGCGGUGUGCGAAACCACUGCCACAGCAGGCAGUGAAGUGCAGCAUGUGUCCGCUGGCAGAAUACUGCAGCAGAGACUGUCUGCAGCAAGACAGAGUGAGGCAUGGCAGCGUGGAUUGUCGGGUCUUUGGGACAAAACGGUGCAAGCAGUGUGGAAAACAGGACAAACUCAAAGAGUGUGCAGCUUGCAGCAAUGCCUGGUACUGCAACGCAGCGUGUCAACAGCAGCAUUGGCCCAUACACAAGAUAGAUUGCAAGCAGAUCACCGAAUACAUAAAAGCAACUGGGCCAAGAAUGGGAAAGUGGCACUCCGACAUAGGAGGUGAACUCCACAAGACAGAUGACCCUCCAGCUUACAUCGGCAACACCAUCGCUGUGGACUUCUUGCAACUUGAGGGGAAUGAGUGGUCAGAGUUGGUUGCUGUUGGAGAAGAAGAGCUGAAAAGAGAUUACUGCGUCUUGUCAGCCGGCUGUGGAGAUUUACGGAGUACAUUGUUGACCGUUGCAUCCUUGCCUGCUCGGUAUCAGGGAACCUUGCAUGUCACUCUGGAUGACUUUGAUCCUUUUGUGAUGGCCAGGAAUGUGAUGUUCCUUGUCAUGAUGGUGCGGCUGGCAGCAAGGGAUGGCAUCGCGUCUUCUUUGGCUACCAUCUGGUAUUCAGUUCACCUCUCGCGCGGCGACUACAACCUCAUCAAGGAGACACUAGAGGAGCUCACUGGGACGGAUGCUGGAGGUCUCUCCACUCUCACUCUGGGUCUGGUGAGCGUCCAGGAGGCUGACUUUAGGUACCUGCGCGAGGUAUGGGAGGGGUGGCUGGUGUUGCAAUGCCAACGUAGAGCCAGGGCCUCCAUCAACCUCCACCAAUAGAGAAAAAGAAUCUUCGACAAGGACAGUGGGGCUAAGAUUGGGCUGCCCAAGUAUCUGAAUCGGAUGCCACAGGCCGAUGCCAACUUCAUGAGACAAUGGUUCAAACACGGCUUAUUUCUUCCUAAUAGUGCUGACCCUGGCAGCCUUCCUUUUGACAAUCCAACGCUGACUGGCAGACCAUCAACGAAGUAUGAGUACAAACAGACACUUAAUCCUGAUAUGAAGUCACCCAGAGACUAUCCUUUUGUAUACAAUGUAAACACCGACUCCACUCCUUUCAUAGUCUGGGACUGUUUGAGAGUUGCCGAGUUUACUGGCCAAUGCCACUUGAAUGUGAUGGAGAGGUACCAUGCCUAUGUGACUCACAUCCUACAACAGUCCAUCAACAUCAUCAAGGAGAAGAGAUUGCAGGUGGGCAUAUUCCUGGCUAACUGUCUGGACUUUCCUAACUACCAUCUCACCCUGAGCAUGCCCAAGUACGACCGCAUCUUUACAUCCAAUCUUCAGGACUUGAUUGGUCUCAGCAGAAUCUUGACGACAUUUAAACCUCUCCUGAACACCGACAACAAGCAAUCUAUGAUCAUAACGCAGACUUUGAACUGGAUUAUGCACACCCCUGGGGCAGAUGUUCAAAACGUACCCCGGGUGGAGAUUUUCAGGAUCCUGGGUAUGUGUCGGGAGGACACUGGCCUCAGCCACAAGCUCUCUGAGGACGUAAACAAUCACAGAGAGUACUACAAUAACACUCACUGGUUCCUGGCCUACCUCCGUGCAGACAUCAUGGGCGGUGGCAUCGGGAUACCAGCCAUGGACCACGUCCCGAAGCUCAGUGAAGUGACGCAUUUCAACGGAAUGAGAAUGCGCAACUUCCGGAAAGGCCUGAAUAAGCUGGUGCCCUUCAAGUAUCGCGUGAAUGCACGGAAGAUAACCAUGCUUAAUGGCAUGGACAGGAACGUCGAGUGGUGUUUGCCUGAUAAUGGCAAAUAAAAAAUCAAUGUAGCAAUCACUGCAAUCUCUGGAAAAGUAACUAACAAUAAAGCCUCAUCAGUGAAAUCUAAUAUCAAAGUGGUAGUGUAGAAUGAGUGAUUAUACAGGCAUGACAGGUGGCUAGUAUGUAGCGCUCGCCUCUCACCAAAAAGCAACACUUUGACUGCUGGCUAGGCUCUGUGGG